UUGUGGAAAGUGCCCGGUCCGAACGGCUCCGCUCCGCGCUCGCUAACGCGGCUUUAAAGCCACAGCGACCCUUUUCAGAUCGAUGCCCGACUGCGAGCCCCGCGGAUUCUUUAGCUCGUACACGGCGGAGGUUCGGGCUGCCAGGCGGGUCGCGAUGCAGCGCUGCUGAAGCGCUCCGAGUUCGGGGCAAAACUUGCGCUGUUAGAGAGAGGAGAAAAACGGGGACAUCGACCGCACAACCUGCUGCGGGGACUCGAUCUGCCUCGGAUUUCCUCGGACUUCCUAACAUGUUCGAAACGGAGGGAAGAGCCAUGUCGCGCCUGUCUCUGACCCGCUCCCCAGUGUCCCCCCUGGCCGCUCAGGGCAUCCCCCUCCCUGCCCAGCUGACCAAGGCGAACGCACCGGUUCACAUCGACGUGGGGGGACACAUGUACACGAGCAGCCUGGCCACCCUCACAAAGUACCCCGACUCCAGGAUCAGUCGGCUGUUUAACGGAACGGAACCCAUCGUGUUGGACAGCUUGAAGCAGCACUACUUCAUCGACCGAGAUGGAGAGAUAUUCCGCUACAUCCUCAGCUUCCUGCGUACCUGCAAACUCCUCCUGCCAGACGACUUCAAGGACUUCCACCUGCUAUACGAGGAGGCCCGCUACUACCAGCUGACGCCCAUGAUCAAGGAGCUGGAGCGUUGGAAGCAGGAGAGGGAGCAGCGCAAGUUAGCCCCACCCUGUGACUGCCUGGUGGUGCGGGUCACCCCUGACCUGGGAGAGCGCAUCGCGCUCAGUGGCGAGAAGGUGCUCAUAGAAGAGAUCUUCCCCGAGACGGGUGAUGUCAUGUGCAACUCGGUCAAUGCCGGCUGGAACCAGGACCCCACGCAUGUCAUCCGCUUCCCGCUCAACGGCUACUGCAGGCUCAACUCUGUGCAGGUUCUAGAGCGGCUAUUCCAGAGAGGCUUCAGCGUGGUAGCGUCAUGCGGCGGUGGCGUGGACUCGUCCCAGUUCAGCGAGUACGUGCUGUGUCGUGAAGACCGUCGAUGUCAGCCUCUCAACACACCCAUCAGAAUAAAGCAGGAGCCCCUGGACUAGAGCACGUCUGGCUGGGAGUGGGACUGGCACCAAAGCGGACUGUGAUCCCACAGAACAAUCUCACCCCAUCCCCUUUCCCCGCUCACUCAUCUGAAAAGGACCAACUUCGGAACGCUUAAGCAUUAGCAGAUUGUGCAGACAUUUCCAGCCCUGUGGAGCACAGUGCACUAAAGGGAAUGUAAGUUCAGCUAGUCUUCAGAUAGAAAGAAAACAACACAUCUUGAUGCUGUCAAGAACACCCAAAGAAGUUCUAAGUAAGGGAUUGUGAAGAAGAGCUCUCCUGGCUUGCUUCUGCUUUGAACCAAGGCUUGCUGAGCCAGCAGGACCGGACCGGACCGAUCCGGGACAGACUCUACAGGGGACCCGGCAGGCGCUCCUCCCUUCAGCGCAUCCCAGCGUGUCGUGCAGUCCAGUCCAUGUGUUUUGUGUGGCGAUGCGGCUGAAUGUGGACAGUGCUAGCCAGCGUGGAGGUGGGCGUUUUGGCGUAGAGCGGGCCGAUGCUCGGAGACGCCACUCAAGGAUUCCAGUCCACAGCCUGCCCACGUCACCUGCGCUUAACAAGUGGGUGUCAUAUUUAAAAAAGAACAAACAAUCCUUUUUCACCUCUCUGCACAGUGCUAAAUCCAUUGUUUUGUUUUUGAUCAUAUAAUCCAGUGUAUUAAUCAAUUUUUGUUCUUACUGCAGCUAUGAUCUAUAGCUUUAUUUUUGUUAUUUUCCAUAUGAAGGAUUUCUGAAGCUUGUUUUCAAAAGUCAUGGGAUAUGAGAGCAUAAGUAGGAGCUGCCUGGCGCUGGCUCGGGAAGCACUGUUAUGUCUGGAGGCAACGUGGCUAAAGCCGUCUGGCUGGUAAUGCAUUCAGAGCCGGAGAAGGCCCAAUUGUUAGAAUAGGACUGCAGGGGAACCUGUGUUUUCUAAGAGCUCCUCCAAAGGCAUUUCGAAAUCAUCCACCCCAGAAUAUGUAAUGGAGGGUUCCUACAAAAAGCAACCUUGCGACUUACUCUUUGGGAUUAUCGAAAUUAACCUUUCCACGUGUCUCCAUUGCCCUUUUGAACAUGUACAGACACAGGACACUAUGUCAGAAUCCUGACAUAAAUUGUAACGUUAAGGAGAUGCCGGCUCUGUGGUUGGAGAGCACGCGGGGGUCGCUCAUGACAAACCUGCGUUAUGUAGUAAAGUCAAGCCCUUAGUAUGAUGGCGGGUCAGAGACAUAACAGAGCCCUCGGGCUACCCAGGCACUUGCGGGCCAUUCGUGUCCAGGCACCCAGCAUGAUAAGCUGCACUAUGGGAAAUUUGCUCCAUUUCCUCCCUUGGUCUAGCCCUCAGCGCUUACGAGGCGCCCUGCCCCCGAUCCCCUGGGCGCGGGACACAGAGCGACUGGGAACGAUCAAUGGCCUCCCUCAUUGCAGCCGAACCCUCAGGCCAGUCAUGCUCUGCCUUCGCCCCACAGCACGGAGGACUGAAGCAGGCCAUUGUACCUAGACAGAGCUGAGGCCCGGGGGCUCAGUGGAAGUGGAGCAGAGACAUGGGUCAGGUCACAUGAUUACCCAAACUGGACACUGCCCCACCUGGAACUGAGGCUGACUUUUACGGAAUGAGUCCACUGCUUCCCUCCAGUGUGGAUCUCUUUCAUUGCUGGUUACUCCAAGAACCUUUCAGGUUCAUUACGUUAGCAUCCGUUAAACACCAUCUCACCGUAGAAAGAGGAGAAACACAAUACGCGGCACGUCACGGUGCAGCUGUUAACUCUCGGUUAACUCGCUGGCCCAGUUUGCAAAACUGUUAUAGCGUCCCAUCGCAACCCCUCGCCAGCCGGCACCCACAGACAAACCGGUGCCUCCGCCCAAGAGGAGGUCGGCUAACCGGAGAAACAUUCGCAGCAAGAUCCUUUCAAGGGUCUGAUCUCGCAGGGCGAUUUGUCUCCCGGUCUGACCUUGUGAGAUGCAGGACACCUAAGAUCACUGACCCACACACUGGUUUCAGUGCGUGAGCCCUCACCCAGCAGACAUACACAGAGAGAAAAACCCCAGACUGUCCAGUGUCUCUCAAACGCUCCUUCUUCUGAAUUGUAUAUUAUGCGUCGUUGUAAUGAAAGAAGUUCAGUCAUGGAAAGAAGUGUUGUGUGUGUUAUUACGCUGAUUCUGCACCAGAUUCAUUCCCAUCCACUGGAGGCAAGUCCAGAGGCUAAGCGACAGAUCACUUUUCUGUAUGCUCUUUAGUCCCAAGAUUAGUCACUUGUAUAGUUCUUUGUAUAUUGAAACGUAUUAGGACUCUAGGUUUGACUGUGCGCUUUUGGUUAAAAAAAAAAUAUUUAAAAAAAAAACAAUAUCGAGAUCCUCAAAGUCCUACUUUAGGUUUCCUGAAAAAGAAAAAAACUGUCAGGAAUAAAAAUUUGCAAGCAAUAUGUUGUGUACAUACGAAUUUUCUAAAAGCAAUUCAAAAGGUAUACUAAGGUGCAAAUGUAUAUUAUUUAAGCAAAAUGUUUUAAUAAUUAUAGUAUUA